AUGGUUGAGGUAGAUGCAUCGUCCGUGGAAGUCGGGGCUGUCCUGUCCCAGAGGCAAGGGGACCCGCCAAAGCUGUACCCCUGUGCCUUCUUCUCCAGAAAGAUGACUCCAGCAGAAUGUAACUAUAACAUUGGAAAUCUGGAACUCUUUGCGAUUAAACUCACUCUAGAGGAGUGGCGUCAUUGGUUAGAAGGGGCUGUCCAUCCCUUUCUGGUGCUAACAGAUCACAGGAACCUUGAAUACCUCGAAACUACUAAGAGGUUAUACUCCCGUCAGGCCCGUUGGGCCUUGUUUUUUACAAGAUUCCAUUUUACCGUGUCCUAUCGCCCAGGCUCCAAGAACACAAAAGCAGAUGCCCUCUCCCGGCUGCACGACCCCGAUCCUGUGCCCCCUAAUCCAGAGGGGAUUCUACCCAAGGGGUGUGUGGUGGGCCCAAUCCACUGGCAACUGCUGCAGGAUGUACAAGACGCACAGACACGUGAGCCUGAACCACCAGGCAAACCCGCAGGACGAGUCUAUGUGCCCAGUACACACCGUACGGCAGUGUUGAAAUGGGUGCACGAGAGCCCGGAAGCGGGACAUCCAGGCUUGCGCCGUCUGCGCCCAGACCCGUACCCUGCCCGAGAAGGCCGCGGGCCUCCUGGAACCUUAUCCGGCACCGACCAGACCCUGGACCCAUGUGGCUCUGGAUUUCCUGGUGGACCUUCCGAUCUCCGCGGAGGAUCCCAGUUUACCUCCCGGGUGUGGAAAGCCUUCUGGAGACGGCUGGGAGUAACAGUUAGCCUCACCUCGGGGUACCAUCCGCAGGCCAAUGGAUACCAACCUGUUCUCUUCCCCAGAGAAACCCCAGAGAGUCCGGUCCUGGCUGUGGAGACCUGGCACCGCGAGAGUGCGCUCCCAGUGGGAGUAUCUCUACACCAGCCACCGGGAGACACCACGCCCUCCCCUCCGCUGCCUCUGGAUGGCAACAAUACGUACAGGGUCCGGGCCCUGCUGGACUCUUGA